CCCCGGGCCCAGUUCUCGGGAUCGGCCCUGGUUCCGGCUGACGGGCUCCCCGCUGUCUCCCCAGCUGCAGUCCGAGGACUUUGCCAGCCUGAAGCAGCUGGUGCCCCUGCUGGAGGAGCUCUCCCGCCUCCACCCGGAGCCCGGCAUCCAGGAGCUGGCGGCCGACUUGAGCAUCUCCAUCUGCACCCACCGCGCCUUUUCCAGCGAGGCCCUCUGCACCGCUGCUGGCAGGGCCCUGGGCAGGAGGGAGGGUGGGCCAGCCGGCCAAGGGAGGGCAGCUGCCAGCACAGGUGCCCCGGAAGGGACCCCCAGAGCCGGGCCAGCCCUGCCCCAGGAGCCGCCCAGGAGCCACCCAGGGGAGCCUCCGGGGAUGGACAAGGACCCCCUGCAGGAGCUUCUCUCGGGGGCUUACAGCCCUGACAUCCCCACGCGAGCUGCUGCCCUGCGCUGUCUCACCCGGAUGGUCGAGCAGAGGGAUCCCGCGGCCCUGAAGACCCAGGAGAGGUUGCUGAAGGUUUUUGUGGAAAACUUGGAACACGAAGACUCCUUUGUUUACCUUUCUGCUAUCCAAGGUGUGUCCCAGCUGUCGGAGGCCUCCCCAGGAGUCGCCCUGCCCUUCCUGCUGGCCCAGUACGCGGGCGCCCCCACGGCGGAGAGCAGGAUGAAGGUGGGGGAGGCGCUGAUGCGCACGACGAGAGCCCUGGGUGAGCCGGCCUGCAGGGGCUGGGAGGGCGAGGGGCUCCUGGGGGCCUGGUAG